AUGAAGGCCGCGGCACGCGUCUUCUAUCUUGCUGUCUUUGCUCUGCUGGGCACCUCUCAUGCAGCAGAACCUAAGGGCGCGUCAAGAUCACAAACUCCAGGUCCAGAUGUUUGCGCGAUCUCUCCCAAAGCAAUUGUCUCGGACGCCUGCGCCUCCUACUCUACUCUCGACGAGCUCAACGGAGAGCUCAGACCUUCCCUACUCGAUAUCACUAAGAACACAGAUUUCUUUUCAUACUACCGAUUAAAUCUAUUUGGGAAGGAAUGUCCAUUUUGGGAUGACGCGAAUAGCAUGUGUGGCAAUAUUGCCUGUGCAGUGAAUACAUUAGAAGACGAAAAGGACAUCCCGCCGAUAUGGAGAGCAGGAGAGUUAGGGAAGCUGGAGGGUCCUAAAGCCGGGCAUCCGGGGAAGAAACAGCAAGAAGAACGAGGGCGAGAAAAGCCAUUACAGGGCAUGUUGGGUGAGGACGUGGGAGAAAGUUGCGUGGUAGAGUACGACGACGAAUGCGACGAACGGGACUAUUGCGUGCCAGAGGACGAGAGCGCUACUAGCAAGGGAGACUAUGUGAGCCUGGUGGACAACCCAGAACGAUUUACGGGAUAUGCAGGUGAAGGGGCACAGCAGGUCUGGGAUGCCAUCUACCGCGAGAACUGCUUCUCAAAAACCUCAUUCCCGAAAUCCGCCUCGCUCGGAAUUUCACAUCUACCACAUCAGGGACCUGCGGCAAAUGCGCUGAAGUCGGUGCUGGAGGAUAGGAAAAGGCAAGAAGCUCUUGAGGCACGUCAGAAGAGCUCCCCGAAUACUCCGUUUGUUUCCGAGACUGGUUUCGAGAAUGAAGAUGAGUGCCUUGAGAAGCGUGUCUUCUAUAGGAUCAUAUCUGGCAUGCACACCUCCAUCAGUACACAUAUUUGCUGGGAGUACUUGAACCAGACCACUGGUGAAUGGGGUCCAAACGUGCAGUGCUACAAAGACCGCCUGCACGGGUAUCCCGAUCGAGUAUCCAAUCUAUACUUCAACUACGCUUUGGUCCUGCGCGCGGUGACGAAGCUGGGGCCAUAUUUGAAGGACUACACCUUUUGCUCUGGGGAUCCCGUCCAAGACAGCAUCACCAAGGCCAAAGUCCAAGCUUUGACUUCUCAAGCUGGAACUGUGCCUCCAAUUUUCGACGAGAGUAUCAUGUUCGUUAACGGUGAAGGCCCGAGUCUGAAAGAGGACUUCCGCAAUCGAUUCCGAAACGUGAGCAGGAUUAUGGACUGCGUUGGCUGCGACAAGUGCCGGCUUUGGGGAAAAGUACAAACGGCCGGUUAUGGCGCCGCUCUGAAAGUUCUCUUCGAAUUCGACAAUAACGAGGUCGAUGUCCCGAUGUUGAAGAGGACCGAGCUAGUCGCGCUUUUCAACACCCUCGCCCGGAUCUCCGACUCUUUGACUGCUAUCCAUAAAUUCAGGACCAUAGUUGAAUCGGAGGAGACUGAAGAAGAGAGCGUGGGCCACCACCAUGUCAUUCCCGGGAAGUCACAAUCGGACGCGGUCUCUGAUGAUGAGUUCACGGAAUUUGAGGAAGAAGAACGCAGGAGGCAGAAACAGUACACCGAUCAAACGCCAGCCGACAUGUUCUGGAGCGAGAUGAGUCUCGUUUGGAAGGCUGUGAAAUAUAUCGUCAAGAGUUGGUUCACGUUCCCUAAGCAUGUGUUCGAAAUCUUCAUCUUGGAAUUGUCCCGCUUUUGGGAAUACUAUAUCGGAUUACCAGUCUCGCCUCGAAGAUGGGAGAUCAGACGGCCAAAUCUGGACGAGCUCUAA